AUGAGAGGACUCGAGAGGCUCGCGAGCUGACUCUGCAGUUUUUCGGCGCCAGUGAAGACGAAUUUGCAGUCGUCUUCACUUCGGGAGCGACAGCAGCAAUAAAACUAGUGGGAGAAGACUUCCCUUUCUCUGCUUCUUCUCGGUUUUAUUAUCUCCGUAUUAACCACAACUCCGUCCUCGGUGUCAGGGAGUUUGCGUUUGCAGCUGGCGUGAAGUCGGUGCGCGCGUUGUCCGCUAGAGAAGUAGAAGAGAGGCUUCGCGAGAGGGAGAGACAACUGCAGCAGCAGCAGCAGCAGGCAGAAGCCCCUGCAGCAACCAACACCGACGCCUUCUGUCUUUUUGGGUUUCCUCUCAAGGACAACUUCAAUGGCACCUCCUUCCCCCUCUCCUGGAUAGAAAGAAUACACAAGGUCGGCCUUUCCAGCGACUGCCGCUGGCUGGUCCUCCUCGACGCCGCCGCUGCUGCGCCGACUUCGCGCAUUCAGCUCUCAGGAGCGAGGGGCCCUGAGGGGGCCCCCGACUUUUUGGCGUUAUCUUUUUAUAAAAUGUUUGGAUAUCCCACGGGUUUAGGCGCGCUCAUCCUCAAGCGCAGCGCAGCGGACGUGCUGAAGAAGGUGUACUGGGGUGGAGGCAGCGUCUCGGGGUCUCUCUGCGACGCGCGCUGGCAGAAGCCAAAGACAGACCUUUCGGCUCGCCUUGAAGACGGGACGGUGAAUUUCCUCUCCAUCGCCGCCAUCAAGUAUGGAUUCGCUGCUCUGCAGGCAAGAAAACAGUCAGGCGCACUGCUUCAAUCCUAUGGCGCACAGCAACAGCAGGCGGACUGCGUGCAUGAUUGCUUGUGCGUUGCAAUUGGAAUGGAGCGCAUAGAGAGGCAUGUAGCGGCACUCACGCGCCACCUCUACCGCUCCCUAAAGGCUCUACGACACCGCAACGGAGCUAACUUCGCGCUGCUCUACUGGGCACGAUCUGAGGAACCCUCAGGAGGAAUCGUCAAUUUCAACUUGCUCAAGCCCGAUGGCUCAUUCAUUCCGUUCAGCGAGGAUUUCCUCGGACUAACAGGCGCAGACAUCGUCAAUGCAACCCGCGCAAGAGAAAGCUGUUCAGACCCCAGUGGUGCCUUGAUUCGCCCAACUCCACAACUUGACUGGAUCGGAAAUGGGCCACGAAUGCAUUCAAAGGCAGUCGGGUCCGUGCGAGUCUCUCUGGGAUAUUUGAGCACGUUUGCUGACGUAGAUAGUUUAGUUGAAUUCCUAAUGCAGGCUUUCCUUUGGCAAUGA